UUCCGGGUUUGGUGCGGCCUGCGUCUCUCGCUGCAGUCAGAGUUCCAGCUCUGGUUCUUACUGCUCCUAAAGGCCCAGGUUCUGUGGCCCUGUGUCCUGCAGGUAUUGGGAGAUCCACAGCUAUGACACCGGGACCUCCUGGAAGCCAAAAAUGGGACCAUUGCAAUUUAGAGAUGUGGCCAUAGAAUUCUCUCUGGAGGAGUGGCAUUGUCUGGACACUGCACAGCGGAAUUUAUAUAGGGAUGUGAUGUUAGAGAACUACAGAAACCUGGUCUUCCUUGGUAUUACUGUUUCUAAGCCAGACCUGAUCACCUGUCUGGAGCAAGGAAAAAAACCUUUGACUAUGAAGAGAAAUGAGAUGAUUGCCAAACCCCCAGUAAUGUGUUCUCAUUUUGCCCAAGACCUUUGGCCAGAGCAGAGCAUAAAAGAUUCUUUCCAAAAAGUGGUACUGAGAAGAUAUGAAAAAUGUGAACAUGGCAAUUUACAGUUAAAAAAAGGAUGUGAAAGUGUGGAUGAGUGUAAGGUGCACAAAGAAGGUUAUAAUGAACUUAACCAAUGUUUGAAAACUACCCUGAGAAAAAUAUGUCAAUGUGAUAAAUAUGUGAAAGUCUUACAUCAAUUUUCAAAUUCAAACCGACAAAAGAGAGGAUAUACUGGGAAAAAACCUGUCAAAUAUAUAGAAUGUGGCAAAGCUGUUAAGCAGUUCUCAACUCUUACUACACAUAAGAAAAUUCAUACUGGAGGGAAACUCUACAAAUGUGAAGAAUGUGGCAAAGCCUUUAACCACUCUUGUAGCCUUACUAGACAUAAGAAAAUUCAUACUGGAGAGAAACCCUACAAAUGUGAAGAAUGUGGCAAAGCCUUUAAGCACUCCUCCACUCUUACUACACAUAAGAGGAAUCAUACUGGAGAGAAACCAUACAAGUGUGAUAAAUGUGGCAAAGCCUUUAUGUCAUCCUCAACUCUUAGUAAACAUGAGAUAAUUCAUACAGAAAAGAAACCCUACAAAUGUGAAGAAUGUGGCAAAGCCUUCAACCGGUCCUCAACCCUUACUACACAUAAGAUAAUUCAUACUGGAGAGAAACCCUACAAAUGUGAAGAAUGUGGCAAAGCUUUUAAGUACUCCUCUAACCUUACUACACAUAAGAAAAUUCAUACUGGAAAAAAACCCUACAGAUGUGAAGAAUGUGGCAAAGCCUUUAAGCACUCCUCUAAACUUACUACACAUAAGAGAUUUCAUACUGGAGAGAAACCCUACAGAUGUGAAUAAUGUGGCAAAGCUUUUCACCUAUCCUCACACCUUACUACACAUAAGAUAAUUCAUACUGAAGAGAAACCAUGUGAAUGUGAUGAAUAUGGAAAAUCUUUUAACCAGCCCUCAAUUUCUAACUAAGAAUUGAUAUGGAAUAUAAACCCUACAAAUAUAAAGAAUGUGACAAAUUUUUUAAGGAACUUCUCAACCUUUAUUACACAUAAUUCAUACUGGAAAGAAACCCUAGAAGUGUGAAGAAUGUGACAAAGCAUAUAACAAGUUCUGUCUUUUUUUUUUUUUAGAUGGAGUUUCAACUCUUGUCACCGAGGCUGGUGUGCAAUAGUACAAUCUCGGCUCCCUGCAACCUCCACCUUCUGGGUUCAAUCCAUUCUCCUGCCUCAACCUCCCAAGUAAGGGGGAUUACAGGUGCCCACCCCCAUGCGCAACU